AUGAAGGACCAGGAUCAAACCACAAAGAAUGGCGAUUGCAGAGACACACCGAUACCACCUCCCAUCCCUCCACCUGCUCCACCACAGUCAUCGUCACGGAAUCCCUCAUCACUACUUUCGCCCUGGUGGUCAGCUGAACCACUUCCAGAACGACCGGCAGAACAAAACAAAAAAGGCCGACGCACAUUCAUCAACUUUACACGGAUCGCCAAUGCAAUAGAGUACGGUGCCGAUGGACAAAAGACGGGCAAGUCGACACAGCUUUUUUCAGAGCGAUGCUAUUUGUCGACCAGAAAAGAUCUUGGCGAUCAGUCCAACGAUGGGAUUCCUGCACGGGCACCUUCCGAAUGCCGAAUGGUGUGUUUUCUGCGCGAAAACGAACAGCGGAGGAAAGAACGGCAGGAAAAGGCCAAAUCAUUUUGGAACCCUUUCCAUGGUCUGUGGAUCGUAGUUGCUACAACGCAUGCCCGGUGUCUGGAACAUACGGCUGAGAAAGACAUUACCAAAAAGUCCCAUUCUGAUUACUAUACGAUCGAGUUCGGUGAGAGGUUCAGCGGAUCAGGAGACGAUGCAAAGCGAGUGGUGACCAAAACCUUUGCGCCUCUGCAGGAGUUAACGAGACGCUACGUCCAGUCAUGGCAGGACGGAACCCAGGCACUCUUUUUCCAGAGAUUCUGGGAGAGCACAAAGCGCGGCGAUGCGUUCCAUCUCGUACGAGACAACACCAAGAAGCUGUUACAAUCUGUUACCGGAGCUGACAAGAAGGGUCAAGACGACGACUCCAAAAAGGGCUCCAAUCAGUAA